CGCCGCCCGCCUCCGCGCCGCGAUUUGCCGGUGCCGGCUCCGCCCGUUGCCCGCGCGGCCCCGGCCGAGGGGCGCGUUCAAACACGGCGAGGGAAGGAGCGGGGAGAGGAGCCGAGCGGGACCGCAGCGCCGCCGGCAUGUGCUGGUACCGGGCUUUUCUCUAAUUCUCCAUGGCAGCAGCACAGGGUCCUGUGACCUGUGAGCCUGACACCCGCGUUCUUGGCACCUACCUCUCCUCGGAGUCCGUCGGUGUUGUUGGCAGCAUGGGCAGCGUGGGCAGCCUGGUGGAGAAGCAGGAUCUGUCCCCCCUGGAGCUGCGGGCCCCGCUGGGGGGCUCGCGGGGGCUUCGGCAGCCCGAUGGCUUGCUGCGGAAGGGGCCGAGCCAGCGGGAGCUCUUCAGCUACCUGCACGGGGCCAAGAAGGAGACGCGGUUGGAGCGGAAGCACCAGACAUCGGGCGCCUGCUACAAGCGGGACUAUGAGAGUGACCGUGAGAACCGGUCCCCUGAGCGCUGCUCCCGCGAGCAUCACCGUGGGGCCGACUUCUCCAAGAGCUCCCUUCCUGAGAGGGGCCGCUUCGACAAGUGCCGUAUCAGGCCCUCAGCCUUCAAGGCAGUAGCCGGGAAGGGGCUGGUCUCCAUGCAGGGCUUGUCCUCGUCCAAGGGGCAGAAGCUGUCCAAGAGCAACGGGAGCCUGCACACGCUGCUGUCGCAGAGCAGCACUGCGGCCUCCCAGCAGGGCCCAGUCCGCACUCACCUGCUCCAUGCCAUCAGUCUGGAUGAGGCCUCUGACUCCAGCCACAACUCCAUCCAGAGCUUCCCUUCCUAUGGCUCCCGCCUCAAGCCUGCCCAGAGCCAGUUCAGCGCCUCCAUGGGCCACAUCAACCACAUCGGGGGCUCCUUGGACAGGGUGUCUCGAAGCCCCAGGGACCCCUUGGCCCCCGAGAAGGCACCCCUGUCCUGCAAAAGCAUGGCCACGCUGAGCCGGCUGCAGAGCCCCGGGGAGCCCCCGCCACCCUACGAGUUCACCUACUCGCUGGAGGACGCGGUGAAGCAGCUGGAGGACCGGCUGCAUGAGACGGGAGGAGAGCUGCGGCAGCUCAAGAGGAGCCUUAGUGAGACUGAAGACCCUUUCACACAGGUGUUUGAGGACAAGCAGCGGCUGUGGCUGGAUGAGCUGGAGGAUCUGAAGCAGAUGUACAUGGCCAGGCUGCAGCAGGUGACACAGCAGGCACAGCGUGGGCAGCGGGCGCUGCAGCUGCAGCUCUACAAGGCGCAGCAGGAGAAGAAGCGGCUGCAGGAGGAGCUGAGCAUGCAGCAGUGCCAGUGUGAGGAGGCCAAGCUCCGGCAGUCCCAGGGCGAGCGCGUCAGCCCCAAGCUGGAAGAGACCAAGUGGGAGGUGUGCCAGAAGGCAGCGGAGAUCUCUUUGCUGAAGCAGCAGCUCCGGGACACCCAGGAGGAGAUGGCUCAGAAGCUGGGGGAGAUCUUCAGCCUGAAGACACAGCUACGGGAGGCCAAGGCAGAGGUCCAGGCCAGGGACUCCCAGCUGGCACAACUGGCAGACUCUCUCCAGAGACCCCCAGAGCCUGGCACCUCGCUGCCGCUGGGCGAUGACCCCAUGCCGGUGUGCCAGGACUUCCCUGGCUGCGAAACUGAUGAUUCCAAGUGCCGCGGCCUUCACAGCGACACGGCGGAACCCCUGGAGCGGCAGGUGGAGUGGCUGUGGGCAGAGCUGUUGCGGGAGCGGCGCCAGGGCCAGCUGCAGGCUGUGAACUUUGAGCUGGAGAGGAAAACCUGGCAGGAGGAGAAGGAGAAGGUGCUGCGGUACCAGCGGGAGCUCCAGGCCAGCUACAUGGAGAUGUACCACCGGAGCCAGGCGCUGGAGCGGGAGCUGCGGCAGCUGCGGUCAGAGCCCAGGGACGUCGGGGCUGACACGCCGUGGAUCGAACGGGUGGAGUCCUCCAAGAUCUGAGUGGCAGGAUGCCUGCGGGACUGUGAAGGGGGAAGGUCUCUUGCUGCUGCAAUGGGACGAUCUCAGGGUCUGCACAAGGACCGGCCGCUCAGCGCUGCCCUGGGGCGAAGGACUGAUUGCGACAAGGGAGCUUUUCCUUCUUGCAGCACUUCGGGCCCUUCGGGGGGGAGUCUCUGGAGACGGAGGGGCCACCUGUGCCAGGGUGGGGGGGUCUUGCAUGUGCCCCGUGCUCUGAGUGCAGGAGCGUUUGCCCUG